GUGUCGAUGCACUGAAAAACGCAGUAGCCCGCCUGGUUUGGUCUGAGCGGUUUGUUGGUGCUGAUUUCCAGUUUACUUACGUCUUCCGUGGCCCCUUAUUUGAACAGGGCUUAACAUUAUCGGUGUUCUGUGGGCUUAAUUGCUGCUAACAGAAGCAGUGACACUUGCGUGUAUCGCGCGUCUUGCCAUUGGUCUUGCGUGUGAUAUAUGGUUGCCAUGGUUUCCAUUUAAUCUGUAUCGCGGCGAUCGCACCGGUCAUGCCCUCGGUCGUGCUUCGGCCGCCCCAGCUCGUGUAAAACACGUGAAAUGUUCGCGAAAACCAUGCGCUGUAGCAAGCGCUCACUCUACGUUGAACCACAUAACUUUAUCGCUGGCAAGAAAGUUGCCGCCGCGGAUCCCGUCGGGGAAAUCAAGGUACUGCAACCAGCGACAGGCAAAGUACUGUGUCACGUAUCGUCCUCCGGACCGAAAGAUGUGGACAAAGCAGUUUCUGCAGCCAAGAAGGCAUUUGAACGGUGGUCAGCGCUCUCCCAUGGGGAGCGUGGAAAAUUUCUCACGGCCAUCGCACAAAAAGUCAGAGAAAGGCAUCAGGAAAUUGCUGAGAUUGAAAUGAUUGACACAGGGAAGCCCAUAUGGGAAGCUCUUGUUGACAUUGACGGCUGUGCCGACGUGCUCGAGUACUAUGGUGGCAUCGCAGCAUCAAUAAAAGGUCAGCAGUUCGAUCUGCCCGGAGGAAGCUUUGCCAUGGUGCGUCGUGAGCCACUUGGUGUGGUGGCAGCCAUUGGUGCGUGGAACUACCCAUUCCAGGUGAUGUCUUGGAAAAUGGCACCUGCACUCGUCUGCGGCAAUACCUUUGUCUUCAAGCCAUCGCCCCUGACACCCCUGUCAGCCAUCUUGCUGUCCGAGAUCUGCCGCGACGUCGGUUUGCCUGACAGUGUCGUCAAUCUUGUCCAGGGCGAGGGCAAGACAGGUGAGCUGUUGUGCGAGCACCCGGAUGUGGCCAAAGUGAGUUUCACGGGUAGCAUAGCUACUGGGCAGGCCAUCAUGCGCCGCUGUGCUGACUCAAUGAAGCGCUGUACCCUUGAGCUGGGGGGCAAGUCCCCGCUAAUUGUCUUUGCUGAUGCAUCACCCACUGAAGCUGUGAAGGCUACGUUGCUGGGCAACUUUCUAACACAAGGGGAGGUGUGCAGCAAUUGCACCCGGGUCUUUGUAGAAAAGCCACUGCUGGAAGAGUUUCUGGAUCAGCUGGUGAAGGCAACCAAGAAGCUCAAAAUCGGUGACCCCUCCGACCCAGCAACCACUGUGGGUGCAACCAUCAGCGCCGAGCAUGCAGCACGGGUCCAGUCCUACAUCGAAGGCGCUAAAAAGGAGGGAGCACGUGUGCUGUGUGGUGGGGAGCGGGUGACUCCUGCCAGCCAAGACCUAUCUGGCGGUUUCUACCUCAGCCCCUGUGUGCUAGCCGACUGCACCGACAGCAUGAGAGUCAUGCAAGAGGAGGUGUUUGGUGCAGUAGUCAGCGUCUCGGCAUUUGAGACCGAGGAAGAAGCUCUGCGCCGAGCCAAUGGCAGCCCCUUUGGACUGGCUGCUGGCGUCAUGACUAAAGACCUGAGGAGAGCCCACCGAGUAGCAAAGAAGCUUCAAGCAGGCAUCGUGUGGAUAAACAACUACAAUGUGUUCCCACCAGAGGUGCCCUUUGGAGGGUACAAGAUGUCGGGAUACGGACGAGAAAACGGCCUGGCAGCUUUGCAAGCCUACUCUCAGGAGAAAACAAUCUAUGUGGAAAUGGGUGACAGUGUGGACUGUCCACUUUACAAGUUGUGAAUGCAGCUGAAUCAGGCUCAUGCAGUUGCAUUUUCCCAGACAUUACAGAUGGCUUGUGGAGGUUCAAUGCACUGCGCACGUCCUUGCAUCCUGGUGAUCCAACAUUUCAGAUUGUGGCCCAGUUGAUAGAAUCCCAAGCAAUUUGAAUGAAAUAACCUGUUCUUUAAUUAAGAUAAUGCACAAUAAAUCGUGCAGGAGUGCCCAGCAGUGUUAUAAUUUUUUAUUGUCUGUAAAUAAAAGUGCUAAGACAAGUUGAACGGUAAUUAUUAAAUUGACAUUUUCCCUUUGGCA